CCGCCCACAAGAGCGAGGACAAAACAAUCGGCUUCCCUCAUACAGUACAACUUAACAGGAGGACCCAAGCCAAAUUUUGAUAUUAAAGACCUUUCCCACCGGCACGGACACCACCGAGGGAGACAUGGUUUCUCCGGUAACAGUAGUCAAGAGUGAAGGCCCCAAGCUGGUGCCAUUCUUUAAGGCAACCUGUGUAUACUUUGUCCUGUGGCUGCCCACCUCAAGCCCAUCCUGGUUCAGCGCACUUAUCAAAUGUCUACCCAUCUUCUGCCUCUGGGUGUUUUUACUGGCACAUGGGUUCAGCUUCCUCGGUGCUCACUCCAAUGCCCGCAAGAUCUUGGCUGGCCUCAUCUUUUCUGCUCUGGGUGAUGCCUUUCUCAUCUGGCAGGAGCAGGGCUACUUCGUCCACGGCCUUCUGAUGUUUGCCAUCACCCACAUCCUCUACUCAUCUGCCUUUGGGAUGAAGCCUGUUAACGUGUCUGCUGGCCUGGUGAUCACUGCGGUGUCCUCUGUGAGCUACAUGCUGCUCUACCCCUACCUGUCUGGCCCCUUCACCUACCUGGUGGCCGUGUACAUCGCUCUGAUCGGCUUCAUGGGCUGGAGGGCCAUCGCAGGCCUGCAGCUGACCAACGACCUGUGGACCUGGACCAAGCUGUGCUCCUGCCUGGGUGCCGUGCUCUUCAUGGUCUCCGACCUGACCAUCGCCGUCAACAAGUUCUGCUUCCCCGUGCCCCAUUCGCGUGCCAUCAUCAUGGCCACCUACUAUGCCGCCCAGAUGCUGAUAGCGCUGUCGGCCGUUGAGUGCCAGGACGCGGAGGUGGCCAGGAAGAGAACGUGAGGUGCCGCAACGUCCGCAGUGAACGGCCGCGAGGGUGGGAAGAUGGCAGCGGCCUCCGGCCCUGAGUGAUCACGGACACAUCUCACUGCCAUAUCCCCAGCCCUCAACCCUCAUCUCAGUGUGACGCUACCACGCCGUUGUUAGCAUGACAACUGGUUCACGACGGUCUUCACAUGGCUAUCGCCCUACUACCCCACUAGCAUGGUAGUCUCACACUCGUCUUCUUACCACGAAGAUAUGGCAGUAUUAUCUUCAGCCUCUCUUACAACAGUCCUACCUGCCUCCUCCGAUCCUAGAAUGGCUGUCUCUCAACCUAGUUACCAUGGAGACAAGCAUAGUUAUAUUAACCUGCUAUAUAUAUAUAUAUAUAGUUUAGAGUAUUAGAGUAUUACUUUACUUUUAACUGUUAUGUUUUAAUUUAAAGGGGAGCAUGUCACUGGGGACCUUCGAGGAGUGUGUGUGGGAGAGCGAUUGUGUGUGUGUGUGUGUGUGUGUGUGUGUGCGUUUAUGUGCGUUUGAUUAACACAGUCCCAUCACACACAGUCACCACACUGACUCCCGCCACACAUCUACGUUAUGUGGUCCAAUAACACAAUUUUAACAUCUUAUUUUUUGUCAUUUUUUGUUGUUGCCUGAGACCUUGUUAAAAAGGGAUUUGUCUUUCCCAUUAGCUUUUCACUCUCUGUUGCUCUUUUUUUUUUUUUCCUGAGUUAAAGCUGUGGUAGGCAGUAUAUUUUUGGCAUCGUUUGGGCAAAUAUUCCAUAAUAACCUUUUAGCAUAUUGUAAUUCAAGUGGUCUGAGAGAAGACAAGACUCCUGCGCCUCCGCUUGGCUCUGUAUUUAAGCUUUAGAAAAUCUAGACCGUGACGGGAGACUUUAGCCAAUCACAAAAUGCACUUAAAAUGCUGGCUUUUUUUGUUUUUGUUUUUGCUUUCUGCCUACUGCAGCUUUAAGGGUGUUAUUGUUAAAGGAGAACACCACCUAAAUUAAGAAUUCCAAUAUGUUAUCUCCAUGGCCUAACAAAGUUCAAUUCAAUAUUUGUGAACACUCUCUCUCAAAGCCAGAAACCAGAGAAAUAAGUCUCAAAUGUCAUUAAGUAUAAAGUCUGGAGCUGCUCCAUAGACAGUGAAUGGGAGACUGAGAGAAUGAGGGAUUUUGUGGACCCACAGAAGUUUUUCUUUUUUACACCCAAAUGAACUUUGUUCUAUUGUAGUGUUCUCAGAAUAUUCCCCUGGGUGCGCUCAUUGUCAUCUGCUGAAUACCAUCUUUCCCAAUUCAUUGUAUUUGGAGCAGUUCCACACUGGAAUUUGGUUCAUGUUUACUACUAUGUUAGACUGCCUUCGACCAUGGGAAAGUUCCUCUUUAAAGUCAGGAGCAUAUUCAAACCUGCUUUAUUAUCUGUAGUCCCUUACAUUUCAUUCAUAACAACCACACUGCCUUUGUGUAACGCACUUAACAUCCUCAACAAAUCCGCACCCAGUCGCUUCAAGUGAAUGAAUCAGGGUGUCCUUAUAUAACUAGAUGUACAGAGAACGAAUGACAGAGACAGAGACAAAAAAGUGACGCAACGGGGUGAAAAGGCAAGCAGGGGUUAAGUUGCGUGACUGCCACAACCGCCGCGUAUUGUAGUUUUAGUAAUCGAGAGGUGGAGGUUGUUUGUGGGAGCUUGGUUCUUCCUGCUAAAAUGUUGUUGACACUGUCCUGCCGUCACAAAGAGAACACAGUAAACAUUGUAGUCCCAGCAGACCACAGUACACAUUCUAACAUGCUGUACGUUGAAACCUGCUGUUUUACAGGGAUUUUGCCUGCCACUUUUUUAGAAAAUGUUGACACGCUCACAGACACACCUGACACCUACGACCCCUGCCGAUUUGAAUUAUUAGGAAAAGUCCACGGGGGUCUUAUUGCUGAACUAGAUCAGCCGACCCAUGCUGUCACUGGCCUGAAACCAUGUUACUGGCUGCAAUCUUUUUGUUUAUCGUGUGUGUGUGUGUGUGUGUGUGUGUGUGUGUGUGUGUGUGUGUGUGUGGUAUUUUCAGGCAUUCACACCCUCGUGACGACACACACACUAUACAUACAACACGCACAUAAACAUACACAAUGCCCCGGGGCAACCUGACUGAAAAAAAAAAAAGAAAGAAAAGGAGAUGAGGGAACUGACUUGUCAUGUGAGGGAACAGUUUUCCCAUUAUUCCUAAUCCUUCUUUGUCACAGGACAUUUUAUCAGCUUUAAUCCCGCAAAAUCCACCGCGGCAAAUCCCAGACAGGUCAGCUGAUAUUUUGCCUUUCAUCUAUCACAUAUUUCGCCCUCUUACCUUUUCAUUUUGUUUCACCCACUGCAAACGGUUUAUGCUAGGGUGAAGUAUCUCACUGAAUAUUGAAGAAGUGUACUGUAACACUUUGCUUUAGAUGUGUACAUACAUGCAUGGUUUGAGUGUGCGCGCAUGUGUGAGAGUGUGUGUGUAUUGUCCUUGUCUUGGCUGUUGAGUAACGGGUGUGUACCUGUGACAAGUCAGAACCAACUCCAACCUCUGCAUGUGUUUUAUAGCAUCCCCCCAAUGUGUUGUCAGUUAAGAAUGACUUUAAAGUAGUAUUUGAUGGGAAACAGUAUAAUCAAACUGGGGUAUAUCUACUCUUUAGGUGUAAUUUGACCUUAGUCUCGCUUUGCCCCAGACCCUCCCCCAACGCGCGCUGAAGGAGGGUCUGGCUACUCCACAUAGCAUUCGGCGAUGGUGGGAAAACGUGCUCUGGUUUAACGGCAUUUCUUUAAACCAAUCAGAAUCGUCACGGGCGGCGCUAAGCUCCGCACGGAGCCGCUGCAAAGUAGUCGUGCGGGAGAAAACUCCGAUUGGACAGAUAGUCUAGCUAGCUGUCCCAAUAUACCCUGCAGAUAUCUGAGGAGCAGACAACAAUAGUCCUCAUUAAUCCACCGAAUUUAAAAUCCCAACACAAAGAAAGCGUAUAGAAACGGAAAAUACAUGCAUCCGGAGCAAUCCCCGGAAGUGGAACGCGAAGGAUGUAGACUAAUUUGACCUUAAUAGUAAGUCCGUUGGUGGACAAGCCUCCUGUUGACUAUACCCUGUACACCACUGGCAUUAUGAUUAAUACCCCUAGCAGUUUGUAUCCUGGAAACAAAAAAAUAGCAAAGGGCCAGCUUUUGCUACUUGAUGGUUCAGUCCACAUUCUCCUUAAUGUGAUAUAUUGUGCUGUGUACCAAACAAACGGGCAUAUAAGAAAGAAACAGACCCAUGGAGCGGUUGGUUAACACACCCACAUACAGUACGCACAGGAAAACAUAACGCAUAUCAAAACACGUUUAUGCAUCGCGUCGGCCAUCAUGACAGAUCUGCAGGCAGACCAUGGUGUUGACACUUCUCGAGGUUUCUUAAACAUCAACCGCAGCACACAGUCUUAGUCUGACCAGGAAAGAGAGUCAGCACAAGCGUCUAUUCCUGACGCUGCUUUGCCGGAUGGUUCCUCUCUCGCCUUUUGCCCCGUCAGCAUGCCCGUCCGCACGACAUAUAUCUGCUUCGUCAGUCAGAAGUGUGUUUCGGUCCGUCUGUGUGACAACUUGUCUUUGUGUUUUAAUGACUCCUCCCUGCAUCGCUGCAGCGUCCUACUCGGCAGCAGAACUUGUUCUGUCAACAAUUCAUAUAAGCCUUUGUGCGGAAAGACAUCCACAGGAGGCUUGCUAGCAGACAUGCAUUUGUCUGCUUUCACGCUCUCUUAAAUCAGGGUUUAGUGGAGUACAAGCGGAGAUGCUGGUUAACAUGAUUGACUAUCUAGUAUGCAGUCUGAAGUAAGACCACCAGGGAAAUGAGGAGAUUGAUUCAAGCCGUCUUACUCAUCCUUAUUGUGCGGGCAAUUUAUGUAAGCGCUGCUUUCUUUUGUACUCGUAACACAUUUUGUUCCUACUGGCAACAUGCCAGAAGAGUUAUCGUUGAAGUAUUUCUGAGAUUGUUUUCGUCGGCCAAUCCACACUUUGGAUAACCUCCGUGACUUUGGAAAGCGAAGUGGCUUUUCUGAGAGCGAUAAACGAGUGGCAGCCUGUAAAGCCAGAACUCAAGCACCACAUUGUGUCAGUAAGAUGCCAGUUAGUAUGCCUAUCUGGAUGAUUUAGUUUUAAAUACUCACUCUGUAUCUCCUCCAUCGUUUCUAUUUUUACUUGCCUUGGGCGCAGAUAACCAAAGCUGAAAGAAGAAUAGAAUAGUUGUACCGAGGGGAAGUUGUUAGCAUUAGACCUCUCAUGUAUCAACCAACCUUUUGUUUUGCAGUAGGCAGAGGUCACGUCGUUGGUGCAGGAGAGCAUCUGGCCCUCUACUUAGGAAGGGGGUUAUUGUUAAGCUAUACUGUAGCUGUAAACGAGGCGAGGAGGUGAAAUAUGACACACAGGGGAAGACUCCCUUUUCCAUCCCGUGCAUUAGCUAGCUGCCAUCCUGUCCCCACAGAUGGCAGGCCAGCAGGCGCAUCGCUUCACCUCAGCCUGUCAACAGCCCUGUUGUUCUGAGCUUUGUGCGUGCAGACAAAAGGGACCUGAGAGAGCUGUGGGAGGCCAGUAUGGUUCGGCCUGCUCUAUGAGUAGUCAGCCAGAACCAGCAGCUAUUGUAGUAGCAGAGAGGGCCCACGGUUCCACUCGGUCGCCUGAAUAAGUUGGCACUUUUCCUCGAUUUGAAAGUUUUCUCUCUCUCUUUUUGCUAUUGAUCUUGUGAUGUUUGAUACGAAACCUGUCGCUGUUAAUGUGCUGUGCCCAUUGUCACGCAGCACGGUUACAUUCAAAACAUAGCUGUAAAGUGUGUGUGUCUUUCCUCACGCAUGACAAGUAGGUGGAGAUGAAUCCUCCAUGUCAACACAUCUACAGCGAUGGGAGAAGUGCACACUACACACCCAGGUGGUUUUGGAACUACGACUGACAGUCCUCCGGCAUCAGUAGCUAUAGUGUUAAAAACAUGGAUUGUUGUGUACUGUAUCCUUUUAAAGUAUAUGCUCCUAUAUGUAUUUCUUUGCAUUUCUGUUUUUAUGAGAUACAACAGAAGCUACUGUUUUGAUGUUGACGGUUUAAGCACAAGAAAGGGACGCAUCGACGCGUGAGAGAAUCAGCAUUUUUCUUUAAAAGGCAUUACUUGCUCUUGAAGUGUUAUCCUUUUAUUUGCAGAAAAGCAGAAUGUUGUGUUUGCCUGUCACUGUGGAAAGAGCUGGAUUUGUUUUCCACGAGUAACGUUAGAUUAGUAACGUUAGGCCCAUCAGAAUGCAUCAUUUGACUUAAUUUAAUGUACACAUUUUUUUUUUCUCUUAUUUUUUAUUAUUCUAUGAUACACUUUACCUUGUCGUCCUCGAUUUUUCACUUUGUGAUUUCUUUCUUUCAUGACGGUAGAGAUGAAAUAGUUUCUUUGCUGUAGUGAAACUGCUAUGAAUGUGAAUAUCUAUUGGAAAAAUAAAUGCAGUUACAAUGCAACUUCAACAUUUCA